AGUCGUUUCCCGCCCAGCGGCCCAGGUCGUGAGCUUGUGAGUGGUGACGCUAUGACCAAGGGCCAAGGCUUCAUUGUUAUCAUCAAUCUUUGGUGUUUCUUACAGAAAUUAGAUGACUUUCUACUCCAUUCAUAAUAAGAUCGACAGAAUCGCUACUUCCCGCUCUCCGUUCUCUUCUCUGCUCAAUCUCUUUCUUUCUUCUCCAUGUUUCUUCCAAGAGUCGUCCUACCACUCAUUCGCCAACGACCCGAAGCCUCUACUGACUCCUUCUACUCAUAAACUCCAGGUCGAUUCUUCUCAUCCACUACAGCUACCACCCUCCUAUUACGCGUCUCUCCUUCAAUCUUGCAUUGCCGGCAAGGCGUUUCGACCUGGGAUCCAGAUACAUGCCCGAUUGUGUCAAUUGGGCAUUGGUUAUGAUCAAGGUUUAGCUACUAAACUGGUUAAUCUCUACUCUGUUUGCAAUUCUCUUCGCUAUGCCCAUCAACUGUUCGACAGAAUUCCUCAAGGGAAUUUGUUUCUGUGGAACAUUCUGAUUCGGGCCUAUGCAUGGAAUGGGCCCUACGAUGUUGCCAUUUCGCUUUUCUACCGGAUUCUUGAUCAUGGGCUAAAGCCAGAUAAUUUUACUUUUCCGUUUGUUUUAAAGGCAUGCUCUGCACUUUCUGCGAUUGGGGAUGGAAGGAAUAUUCAUGAAUGUGUGUUACGCACUGGGUGGGAGACAGACGUGUUUGUAGGCGCUGCUCUUAUUGACAUGUAUGCCAAAUGUGGCUGUGUGGGAGAUGCACGUCAAGUGUUUGAUAAAAUUGUUGUUAGAGAUGCAGUGUUAUGGAAUUCCAUGCUGGCUGCUUAUGCUCAAAAUGGACAGCCCGAUGAAACACUCUCUCUGUGCAUUGAAAUGGCGGCAAGAGGCGUGAAACCUACUGAGGCAACGCUUGUCACCGUUAUUUCAUCUUCAGCUGAUACUGCCUGUCUUCCUCAUGGAAGGGAAAUCCAUGGAUUUAGUUGGAGAAAUGGGUUUCAUUCCAAUGACAGAGUCAAAACUGCCUUACUAGAUAUGUACGCAAAAUGUGGUUCUGUGAAAGUCGCUCGUAAUUUGUUCGAGCGUCUAAGGGAGAAAAGGGUUGUAUCUUGGAAUGCCAUUAUUGCUGGUUAUGCUAUGCAUGGCCAUGCCAUUGAAGCUUUGGACUUAUUUGAGAAAAUGAGGAACGAGGCUCGCCCAGAUCACAUAACCUUUGUUGGUGUUCUUGCAGCUUGCAGCCGAAGCGGCUUGCUUUAUGAAGGGCGAGCCUUCUUCAACAUGAUGGUGAGAGAUUACUGUAUCAAUCCCACAGUCCAACAUUACACAUGUAUGGUUGAUCUUCUUGGUCACUGUGGUCAACUGGGUGAGGCUUAUGAUCUUAUAACACAGAUGAAUGUAAUGCCAGACUCUGGUGUGUGGGGUGCUCUGCUGAACUCAUGCAAGAUCUACAAGAAUGUGGAGUUGGCAGAGCUGGCACUGGAGAAGUUAGUUGAGCUUGAACCUGAAGAUGCUGGACACUAUGUGAUUUUAUCAAACAUGUAUGCUCAGUCAGGUAAGUGGGAAGGAGUUGCCAGAUUAAGGAAUUUAAUGAUUGAUAAAGGAAUAAAGAAAAGCACCGCUUGUAGCUGGAUUGAAGUGAAAAACAAAGUCCAUUCAUUUCUUUCUGGGGAUGUUUCACAUCCAAAUUCUGGCGCAAUAUAUGCAGAGUUGAAGAGGCUAGAAGGACUGAUGAGAGAAUCUGGGUAUGUCCCUGAUACAGGAUCUGUCUUCCAUGAUGUUGAGGAAGAUGAGAAAACUAACAUGGUGUGCAGUCACAGUGAAAGGCUAGCUGUUGCAUUUGGACUCAUAAGCACGUCGCCAGGAGCAAGGAUUUUGAUAACAAAAAAUCUCAAGAUUUGUGAGGACUGUCAUGUUGCUAUCAAGUUCAUAUCAAAAAUCUCAGAAAGGGAAAUCUCUGUGAGAGAUGUUAAUCGCUAUCAUCAUUUUAAAGAUGGAGUUUGUUCUUGUGGUGAUUAUUGGUGAUAGAAGAAAUCUGAGUCAAAUUGGAAAGCAGCGGCAUGGACAAAACCUGGCUCUGUUCUCUUGCAGCUCCACUUAACUAUGUUGUUGCGGGGCCCAGUACAUCAUGGGUUAAUCAUAGGGUUUCAUCGGAUUGGUUUGGAUGCUCAUUAUUGUGAUGGGAUCUUUGAAUGAUCCAAAUUUAAAUCAUUAUUUUA